UAAAUAGAAUUUUUUGACUAGUAAUUAUAAUAUAUUACCAAAUUUAGUUUGAUUACGCUUUGAAAUAUAGCAUUUCUGAACGUCCAGGAACACUGCCUGAAUGAAACACAUCAAACGCGAGUCCGACAAAGGCAGAAGAUUCGUCGUACGUCGAGACAUCAAUCGUUUCCGUGGUAGAUGGUCUCUGACUGUCGAACGCAGAGGUACCACCCGGCGGAUCUCGUAGGCGGAGCCAGAAUGUGUGCAUGUUGCAUGCACACGUGUUCCCUCGCCAGAGUCCGUGUGGCGUUCCCCCUUUCCCAUGUAUCCCCCUAUAGCCCCACGGUACCCAAUGGGUGCUUAGGCCUUAGGCCUUCGUGGUAG